AAAAAAUCACUUUUUGUUUUGUAUUUUGUAACAAUUUUUGAUUUUGUCAUGGAUUAGAAUUAGAAAGCAUUUUUCGCAUAAUAAUUUUCAUUUUACUGAUUUCGUGUCGCGUAUUCCAGGUAUGUUCUAAGUUUUUAAACAGAGUCAGUUCAGAAAAUAUAUUUGAUGGGAGUUCCAUCCUAUAUCUUGCCGUUGCUGUAUAAACUGUAUUAGCUCUUAAAAUCAAUUCUUAAUUCUUCUGAAAUAUAACCGAAGGAUUGAUAGUUAUGGCUUGUAAUGAUAAAGGUUACGAAAUGUAUAACAAAAAUGAUUGGAUGAAGAAACUGGAGAAUAUUCAUAUUCAGCGCACAGAUAUGAAUAAAUUGAUCAUGAAUUACCUUGUAACUGAGGGUUUCAAAGAAGCAGCUGAGAAAUUUCAACAAGAAUCCGGUAUAGAUCCACCUAUAGACUUGGAUACCACGGAUAACAGAAUUAAAAUAAGAGACGCUAUUCAAAGCGGUCGUAUCGAAGAAGCGAUUGCUUUGGUGAAUCAAUUACAUCCAGAAUUAUUAGAUAAUGACAGACAUUUAUAUUUUCAUUUACAACAAUUGCAAUUGAUCGAACUGAUUCGAGAAAGUAAAGUCGAAGAAGCUCUUCAUUUUGCCCAAGAACGGCUUUCCGAAGCUGGAGAAACAGAUCCGAGUAUACUGAAUGAAUUGGAAAGAACGUUGGCGUUGCUCGCUUUCGAAGAACCCUCCAAGAGUCCAUUUAGCGACCUUCUGAAUCAAUCUCAUAGGCAAAAAAUCGCUAGUGAAUUGAAUGCGGCUAUAUUGAAAAUGGAACAUUUAGAAUCACCCGUUCCCAAACUGUUCAAUUUAAUGAAAAUCAUCUUGUGGGCGCAGGAUGAACUGGACAAGAAAAAAGUGAAAUAUCCUCACAUGACAGAUAUCGGCUCCGCGACGAUCGAGGGUUCCAAAUGACAUUUAGAGGAAAUGUCUGUCGUGGAAUCACAAAGUCCAAGCAACAGUAUCGAAUAUUAAUUUUUAUCUGAGACGUGUGUCCGUUAGAAUAAGAACAAUUGGUUGAAUUCUUUUUCGUUUAUACAUUACAUUUCGUUUGAAAUAUUUAGUCCUUAAUUCAAACGAAAUGUAACAAUGUAUGUGCGUGCACCCAACCUUUCUUAAUCAUGUUUUUUGAAAUGUAUCAAGCAUUUUCUCUCAUUGUCGACAACUUAUCGUUGAACGUAUCUCAAAUUUGAAAUUUUAUAUUUUAUACUAUCUUUCUAAUUUAACAAGAGUUUUUUAUGUGAUGCUGCUUUGUCAAAUAAUGAAUAUUUUUUAUUUUUGUAUUGUUUGAACUUUCGUAUGGUUGGUAAUUUCUUCAUCUUUCAGAGUACAAACGUUCUUGGCGUAGUUUUAUUCAGAGCUAAACAUACUUAUUACUGAUUGAGUGAACGAAUCAACGAAAAUAUUAUCCUUUGUAUGUUGAAGUAGACAUCGAAUUUGCUGAAUAAUUGAAAAAUUGAAUCUGGUAUAGAAAUAGAUGGGAUUUGUUGUAAAUAUUUAUAGCUAAUCUACCACCUAAAUAUUUGAACAUGUCAUGUAUUAGUAUAGGCUUAUUGCAGCAAAAAGCAAUUUACUUGUACAUAUUCUUAAAAAAAUUAUCUAUAUUUGCGAUAAAUGAUAAGUUUGUGUAGUUUGUACAUAAUUAUAUAAAAAUUGCUGUUUUUUGUUUGCGUUAAAUCAUCGAUUCUGA